CACAGUCGCCCUCUAUUUUUAUUAUUGUCGUCUUGUUACAGAAGCCCAAGAUUACAGCGAUUUUUUGUAGGAAAUCAUCCCGGAUGCCUAGACCUACCGCUGCGUCGUGGGUAUGCGAGCAGAUGAUGCCGUGGGCAGCAAGGAGGCAUUGGUGUACUCCUUUCCACAUGCCUCCCAGUCCUCGCGAGUCCCCGCCGGGAAGCUGUCACUUCUGCUGCGCGGGCCUGACGUCUGUGACCAGGUCUCCAAGAGCUAGCGAUGCCAGGAGCACGGACGAGACCCUCUUCCGCCGAGCCUGGGCUCCGCAACCGCCCCGCCUUUCCCCUUCCGCUCACUCGGUUCCCGGAAGCUCCUUCCGCCUCUCACGCAUGCGCAGGUCCGGCCUUGCCUCGCGCUCAGAGGAGGAAGACAGGUGGGGGCGUGGCUGCGCGUGCUCAGAGCAAGCGAGGACCGGAACGCCCUGCGCGGCGCGAGAGUCCUUAGCGGUCGUAAUUCCCAGGUAUACUUUUGACAUCAUGGAUCGAUUUGGAGAUAUAUCAGAAGGUGAAGUUGACCAUUCUUUCUUUGACAGUGAUUUUGAAGAUGCAAAGAAAUGUGACAGUAAUUUAGUUCUUGACAAGCAAAAUGAUGACUUUAAGGAAAGAAUAGAUAAUGACACCAAAAAUGUAAACUUGAAACUUGAAAUACAAAAUGAUGACCUUAAAGAGAGAGUAGAUAAUGACGCAGAAGAUGUGAACUUACAACUUGGAAUACAAACAAAGGAAAAUUACCUCACUCAGAAAGGAAAUGAAAGAAAAGCUAAAGUUUCCUCCAAGGAAUACCAUGUAGAAAAUGAUCCUACACAAACAAGUUCCUCAUUGUCGACCACAUCUUCAAGAUCAAAAAAAUCGUGUGAUGCUACAAAAGGGCAUAAAUUACACCUGCCUACUCCAAAUGGAAUUCCUAAAAUUGUAAAAGGUGAGGAUGAUUACUACACAGACGGAGAGGAGAGCAGCGAUGAUGGAAAAAAAUGUCAUGUGAGAGCCAAGUCAGCUAAGCCCUCUAAUAACUUAAAAAAAAACAUAAAUAAAAAGUAUUCCUCCUCUUCUGUGUCUUCCUCAUCUUCAAGAUCAAGUUCAGACUGCUCAGAUACAGGGUCUGAUACCCAUAAAUCUGAUUCAUGCUCAUCAUCAAGGAAACCUAUUUCUGGUGCAGCCCUCUCAUCACCGAAACAAAAGUGUAAAUCAGGAAGGAAAUCAGCAUGUGUACAGCCUUCCAGCACUAAACAAAAAACUGCUAACUGUAAUGAGGAAUUAGAAGAUACUGUAACAGAUGUAACUCCUUUGUCAACUCCAGACAUCAGCCCUGCCCAAUCAUUUGAAUUGGGCCCAUCACAUGAUCAGAAAGUAAAAGUUAAAAGGCAAGAAAAUGUGAGCCGGAAUGUGUAUGAGGGUGUGGAGCCUUUAAAAAAUGAUUCAAGGCCUCUGAAAUCAGCCAAAAAGAAAGAAAAGCAUGUGCAGAAUUUUGCUCCAAAGUCAUCAGUGUUAGAUGCAAAUCUAGACCAUAGAUCUAAGCAAAAAGUCUUACAUGACACCAUGGACCUUAAUCAUCUGUUGAAAGCUUUUCUGCAAUUAGAUAAAAAGGGACCACAAAAGCAUCACUUUGAUCAGCCUUCAGUAAUGCCUAGGAAAAACUACUCUUUCACAAGAGAAGAGGUGAGACAGAUUGAUCGGGAAAAUCAGAGGCUUUUGAAAGAGCUGGCAAGACAGGCUGAAAAACCAGGGAACAAAAGUGGGAUUCCUGGAAGAUCGAUUGGCCAUCCCCCCAAGUUAUAUCAUAGUGCUCUCAACAGACAGAGGGAGCAGCAGAGAAUUGAAAGAGAAAAUUUGGCUUUAUUGAAACGGCUUGAAGCUGUGAAGCCAACAGUUGGCAUGAAACGCUCUGAACAGCUAAUGGACUAUCAUCGAAAUAUGGGUUACCUCAACCCUUCACCAUCCAUUAGACGAGUGAGAUCUACUCUUGGCCACUACAGCCCACUGAGAGCUUCCAGGACAUCCAGUGCAACGAGUGGUCUCAGUUGUAAGACUGAUCGAUCAGUGUUGGACACGUCCAGUGGUUUUUUGCUAAGACCGAAACCCCCAAACGUUCGUACUGCUUGGUUGUAAAGCCUUUUUUUUAUGGUAUACAUUGUUCAUCCUAUUUUAACAAUGUAUUUUUAUGUAUUACUGUAAUUCUUUGUAAACAUCUGUAAUACCUUUUUCAACAAUUUAUACAAUGAGUAUAAUUUAUUGUUAAUCACUACAAAAUUGUUACCAAAACACACUUUUAUGUAAAAUCAGUGUUUCAUAUGGUAGCAUAUUUAUAGGAGCUAUAUGUGUAUUUAAUAGAGAAAGGUGUUAUGCAUGAAUAUUUUCUCUAUAGAAAUUCACUUAUGAUGCUGACAAAACAGCAGUGCUGAUAAUCCAUGUUGACCCAAGACACCCACUCUGUUUUUACUCUGUUGUUUUCAGUUAUUGUAAGCAUGAACAUAGGUGCCUCGGGCUUCCAUUGCUUUAGAAUGUCUGUAAUGUGCGUCAUCACACAUUACACUUGACUGUGUGAUUGUUACAUUCCUUAUGAAGAAAAUCUUGACAUUGUUUUCAUGGAUGAGCUGACUGUGAUUUGGUGAGGAGGUGAGCAGCUUGCACUGGUGCAGUUCUUGCUUCACCAAAGGUGCUUCUUGUAAGAGUUUGAUUAUCCACUCCACACCAUUUCACAUUGAAUGAAUCCGGGUUCACUCUAGGAGCUCCUGUUUCAGUCAUGUAAAAUACUCAAGGACUCUGAGGGAAAAGGUGACUGGUUUGCAUAGUAAACAAAAACAAUUAUCUGUUAGAUCAGUGAGCACUAUUCCCAGCCAGAAGAGCCAAGAAGCAAAUCCCAGGGUAUGUUAGAGUAGUGUUUGAAAUGAUACACUUAGUACGCGUGCUGUCAUUGUGUAUUCAUUGUAUUAAUAGAAGGCUUAGAGUAAGGAAGAAAUGCUUUAGAGAAACCAAUAAACAAGAAAGAAACUAAUCACACAUUUGUUAAAGCUAAAUAUUUGCCUUAAAUAUCAGUGGAUUUGCUUGGUUUUGGUUUGGCUGAAUCCUUGAAGCACUGUUUUUACCAGUCUCACAUUUAAAGGCCUGUUUAUGCUGAUGGAAUUGCUAGGGACACAUGACACAUGGGUGCAAUAUAGUUGAUGAUGGAAACUGAAAUAUUUUUCUGUCAACAUAUAGGCUGUUAUUUUAUGGAACAUACGGUGACAAUUAUUUGUUGUGACUUUUUCAUUACUGCUCUUGUUAGUAUACCUUUAGGACAUACAGAUAAUUUUGAUACUCAAUCAGACGUUUUUCUUAAAAUAAGGAUUUCCCCAGCUCUGUCUGCUUUCAGUGCUCCAGCGCUGUAGCACGUGCGCCAUGCCCGCUUCACCGUCAUUAACAGGAAGGCCGGCUGCACCGCACCAAAUGCCAGGUCAUACAUUGUGAUCUUAACUUCAGUGGAUUGUGUUUCAGAUAGAGCAGCAAAGGUUGGCGAGGAUGAGGCUAAAACAAUUGCUGAGCACAUACACCACACACACACACACACACAGAGUGAGUGUGCAUAUACCACACACGUACAAACACAGCACGAUUGAGGGUUUUCUAAUGCUUUCUGGGGGCUGUAACAUUCUUUGACAAUGUGUUUCUGUGUUCUAAUGAACAAGAUUUUCAACCUGCUUUGUAUAACCUUCAGCUGUAUAAACAAAGGUUUUAUUUUUGUCUUAGUUUUUUAACUCUGAACUUUUAACGUUUGUGUAACAGCAAAACGCAGCAUUUUGGCAUUUGCCCUAUAGCGAAUUAAUCACUUUUUAAGACAGAUUUUUGAGGUAAAAAUGUUUAUGUGUAAAAUCUUUUAUGUUCACAGUGGCAUUUGCCUAUAAGUACAUUUUAUUUGGUCUCCAAGUUUCAUAGAUAAAGCUGUACUUUGAUUUUAAAAGCUAAUUUAUGCCUUAGGUUUUACUAUUGGAAAGAAGUUUGUCUAAGUAUUACUGAUAACAGAUUCAACUUCAAGCAAAGAGCAACCAUCUUUAAAAACAAUUUACAAUAUUAUUGUAGAUGCAUAUACAUGAUGACUAUAAGUACAUGGGUAGGAAUUACAAACUUAGAAUUCACUGAUGUAAGUCAAAGUACUUUAAGGUAAGGUUAGGAUUUAGGAGGCAUUUAUAGUGGAGGUGUCAUGAAUACACGAAUCUCUUCAACUUCACCAACAUAAUAAACACAAGUGGGCUAGGGCUGUGGUACAGUCGGCUGGCUUGUCCUCACUGCACAUACUCUGAAGAUCUGCAUCUGCAGUAGAAAGUAUGCUGGUCUAUGACUAGUGGCCAGAUCUUAUUGAGAACAGUUUUCAUCUCUGUCAAAUGCUAUCUCCUUUUCUAGUAAGAUUUGGUAAAAGAUUCAAGCUAUUAGAUUUUUUUCUUAAGGCAUAACUACUACCUCUUUCUCCCCUAGUUUUUUCAGUCUCUAUUAAAAACUGCUCCUGAGAGCUAUUCCAGUUAAUGAUUCGUGGUUUGCUUGUAACAUAAAGUCAUGCAGCGGUGUUCAAUCCAAGCCUCAGAAGGCUUUGAAAGGCGAUCGUGAUAGGUCAGCUUCUCACCUCCAGAUCCAUGCAGCAACUCCAGAGUAUUAAGGUUAACGUAAAGCUUAAGAAGAAAUUUUACCUUAGUUAGCAAUCAAAAACUAUCAUUUUGAAUGCCAAAGUCUUAAUGUAAAUUACUGUAUACCAUCAUAGAGAGUGUACAUACUGCUAAUGGCUGAGUUGCUUAUUUUCAUGAAUAAAGAUUAUCAAGAAA